AAAUCGCCGAGCGAGGUUAUGAAGAGUGUGCUUAAAUAAAAGAAAUAACGACAUACGAGUAAUCAUCAGCCGUGACCCACAAACGCAAAAUCCAAGGAUUAGAAAAUAAACGUCAUUGUGCAAUAUAAAACAGUUGCAGCAGCAAUUAAAAUGCCUAAUACUUGGCCCAAGGUGUGGCUGGCAAUAGUCCUGCUGGUGGGUGUUGCUUCCACUCUGCCCCUAGGCGGGGACUCCGGGUCCACGGAUGCUGCGGAAAGUGAUGAACAGCUCUUGGAGCAGUUAGAUGGUGCCGCCCCAUUGGAAUUGGUGGACCAAACUGAGAAAGUUGCGUUAGUUGAAUCAGAAGAGGUACUCCAUAGAGAUGAGGAAGCGCUGAACAGUAGCAGCGGCAGUAGUGAUGAGCAAACAGAAGCGAAACGGGAUAAAAUAUAUGCCAGCUUGGACCAAAUUCGUCGCAAACGCUUCAUAGAAUUCAAGAAAGUGGACGAUGAGUUACGACGCGCAAGGCGCAACCCAAUUGAGGAUCCUGAUCCAGUGUCGACGCACAAUCACAAUGAGCCUGGUGAUCAUCCAGACCAAGUGGCACAUGAACAUCUAGGAGAUAAGCAUGUGCUAAGAUUGCGCCGUGGAUCUGAUAAAGAUGAAAGCGGGUCUUCUGAGGAAAAGGGUGAAAAGAAAAAUAAGGAUGAAAGCGGGUCUUCUGAGAAAAAGGGUGAGAAGAAAAGUAAAGAACAGGACUCAUCAGAGGAGCAAAAGAAGGACGAACACGAACAGGCCAGACGCAGGCGUGCAGCUGAAUCAAAUGCCAGUGGCUCAUCCGAGGAGCCAAGUGACAAGAAAGAAAAGUCGCAUAACUCUUCAGAGGAGCAAAAUAAGGGGGAAUCGGGACAGGCCAGAAGCAGACGUGCGGCUGCAGCAAAUGUCAGGGGCUCAUCUGAGGAGGUCGAUGAAAAGAAAGAAAAGCCGCAGGACUCAUCAGAGGAGCAAAAGAAGGAUGAGCCUGAGCAGGCCAAGAGCAGGCGUGCAGUCCCAGAUCAUGCAAGGGGCUCAUCUGAAGAACGAGAUGACAAGAAAAGUGCCCGUCCUAAACGUGUACCUGAUCAGGACUCCAGUAGCUCAUCGGAGGAGAAUGCUGAGAAAAAAAAUAAAUCUAAUUCAGCAGAUUCGUCCGAGGAGCAGCAGAAGCCACAGCAGUUGCAACCAGAAACCGAGGCAGAGACUGAAACUCCGGCCCGACGCAGACGCAGCGUUGAAGUCCAGGAUGAACCGGACACACAGACAGACGAAGAAAUGCUGAAGGCAAUUGGAGAGCCGGGCCAUGCCGCAGACGAUGAAGAAAAAAUGAAGACAAGCAUUGAGGACUAUGCACAGGGCUGUGAAGUCAUGGAGGUGAACUCCAAGGAAGCCAAUGAGGCAACCUACAUGGAGUAAAAAAAAAGCUACAGGGAACACAAUUUUUUAUUUUUAUUGAGGCAAGAAAAUCGCGCAGCUGUACACUUUUGUAAAUAAACGAAAUAAAAACAAAACCAAAUUAUGCAUAUACUCGCA